UCGAUUUCUGGAACAAUAUAUCUUGAUAGCAACUAUUUUGAGGGACCGUUGCCUAACAAUCUAUCAUCAGGUGAUGCAGUGUCUAUCAUGGAUCUUCAUGAUAAUAAAUUGUCAGGUGAACUUGAUGUAUCAUUUUGGAAUAUUAAUUCCUUCAUUGGAAUUUCUUAGUGUUGCUAGCAACGGUUUAACUGGUCAAAUUUAUCCAACGAUCUGCAAAUUGAUUCGUCUUGAAUAUUUGGAUAUAUCCAAUAACAACUUUGAAGGAUCUAUACCAAACUGCAGCAGUAAGUUAAUGUUGUAUUUUCUGAACAUGUCGAGCAAUACCCUCUCAGGAUUUCCUAGUCAUUUUUUCAAUAGCUCCAACGUUGAAGUUCUUGAUAUAAGAUAUAACCGGUUCAUGGGCAGUCUUGAUUGGAUACAACAUCUUUAUAAAAUUAAACUGCUCUUGUUGGGCGGGAAUAUGUUUGAGGGGCAUAUCUCUGCAGAACUCUGUCAUCUCCGGUACUUGAAUAUUAUUGAUUUGUCACACAACAGACUUUCAGGUUCAUUGCCACCUUGCAUUGGUGCUAUCCCAUUUGGAUACCAUACAGAUGAUGACGUUCAUUUGUUCAUGUUCUAUGACGUGGCCUUGGAUGUGGGACUUUCUAGUAUGGAUUACAACGAUCCGUUGUUCAAUUAUGACGUCAAUUAUCUCCACCAAGGCUUCACCUUCUCCACUAAAGGGAACAUUUACACAUAUAGCCGCGGUUUCUACAGUAUCAUGUCCGGUAUUGACUUAUCGGCGAACAUGUUAUCAGGGGAGAUCCCUUGGGAGAUGGGGAAUCUGAGCCAUGUCAAGUCCCUCAAUCUAUCGCAUAAUUUCUUUAUUGAUCAAAUCCCAGCUACCUUUGCAAACAUGAGCACCAUAGAAAGCCUGGACUUGUCCCAUAACGAGCUGAGCGGACCUAUACCAUUGAAACUGACUCAGAUGUCAUCUUUGGAGGUGUUCUCUGUGGCCUACAACAACUUGUCAGGGUGCAUACCAAACUCCGGUCAGUUUAGCUCGUUCAACAUGGAGAGCUACCUGGGCAACACAAACCUUCAGAAUUCGUCACAGGGGAACCAGUGUUCUCCUAUUCUGGGCCCUAUGGAAGUAGACAAUGUGGACGAGACAUUUGAUGAUCCGGUCCUUUAUAUUAUCUGUGCCACCUCAUUCGUAUUGGCAUUCUGGGCCACCGUUGCGUUUUUUUUCUGCCUUCCAUUUGGGCAGCGUGUGAUGCUUCAACUAUAGCUCAUCACAACUGCUGGACAGGUGCAACCUAUGUUUUUCAUUUCUUCUAGUUAUGUGUAACGACAAGAGCCAUGUAUGCUUGAUAUUUUUGUUAUGUUUUGUUACGUUUUGAAUCUCUAGAACAAGUUUCAUGGUGUGUAAUAGUGUCGCAUUUUUCUUGAAAAAUGCCUCCAUCACAUUGUACAUUUGUACCCUUUUGCUCUGAGAGGAAUGUAGGCAUUAUGGACCUUGAACU